UCAUGGUGGACAUUAAAUGUCGGCUGAAAACUCAUUUCACCUCCUGUAUUCACGCGACCCCUCAGCGAACAGGCAGGCAGCGAAUGGAUUGGUCACGCAGGUCAUGUGACCUAACAGGAAGCGCAGCGAUGGAGAAAAGCUAAAGAAGGACUCUGCCCUGGCAGUGGCUUCCUCUUUACCCAUAGUGCUUGUGUGAUGGCAGCAGUUUGGCAGCAGGUUUUGGCAGUGGACGCAAGGUACAAUGCUUACCGCACGCCUACCUUCCCACAGUUCCGAACUCAGUACAUCCGCCGACGCAGCCAGCUGCUCAGAGAGAACGCCAAAUGUGGCUUUGAGCCCGGGCUGCGCAGGCAGUACCUGAGGCUGCGCAGCCAGCUGUUGGCCCUGCGCUAUGGGCCCCUGUCUGAGCAGAGCAGCUUCAGGGCCAGCAGUGUGCGCAGCUCCCGCACCACACUGGACCGCAUGGAGGAUUUUGAGGAGGACCCUCGUGCCCAAGGGGCCCGCGGUCACCGUCGGUCUGUCAGCAGAGGCUCCUACCAGCUACAGGCCCAGAUGAACAGAGCCGUCUACGAUGAGAGGCCUCCAGGCAGUCUGGUGCCCACCUCAGUGGCAGAGGCCAGCCGUGCCAUGGCAGGGGACACAACCUUGAGUGAAAAUUAUGCAUUUGCUGGCAUGCACCACAUAUUUGACCAACACGUUGAUUCUGCUGUUCCACGGCUGCAGUUUGCCAACGAUGACAAGCACCUCCUUGCUUGCUGCUCACUGGACGGGACUCUGUCCAUCAUGACGCUGUCCCCGCCUCCUCCCAGUGUAAAGGUGACCCUGAAAGGGCACGGGGGUCCCGUUACGGAUUUCGCCUGGUCUCUGAGCAACGACAUCAUCGUGUCCACGUCACUAGAUGGAACUCUGCGGAUCUGGAACACUGAGGAUGGCCGGUGCAUCCGGGAAGUCAGAGAUCCAGAAUCCAGCGAGCUGCUCUGCUGCACCUUUCAGCCCAUGAAUAAUAACCUUACUGUGGUGGGAAACAGCAAGCACCACCUGCAGGUGGUUAACAUCUCCACUGGGAAGAAGGUGAAGGGGGGCUCCAGUAAGCUGACAGGCCGCGUGCUGUCUCUCUCCUUUGAUGCUCCUGGGAGGAUCCUUUGGGCCGGCGAUGACAGGGGGAGCAUCUUCUCCUUUCUCUUUGACAUGGCAACAGGGAAGCUAACCAAAGCCAAGCGCCUGGUGGUGAGCGAAGGCAGCUCCAUCUGCAGCAUAUCUGCUCGGUCCUGGAUCAGCCGAGAGGCCAGAGACCCCUCCCUGCUGGUCAACGCCUGUGUCAAUAAGCUGCUGCUAUACAGGGUGGUAGACAACGAAGGAACGCUCCAGCUGAAGAGGAGCUUCCCCAUCCAGCAUGGAUCUCAGCACGUCCACAGUAUCUUCUGCCCUCUCAUGUCUUUCAGACAAGGGGCCUGUGUGGUGACCGGCAGCGAGGACACCUGCGUCUACUUCUUCGACGUGGAGCGCAACACCAAGGCCAUCGUGAACAAGCUGCAGGGUCACGGGGGGCCGGUCCUGGACGUGAGCUUCAACUGUGACGAGAGCCUGCUGGCGUCGGCCGACUCCACGGGCAUGGUCAUCAUCUGGAGGCGGGAGCAGAAAUGAUGGGUCCCCCUACCUCCAUCCCCGGCCCCAUUUCCACCGUCCAGCAGCGGUCCAUAGGCGUUACCGGAGCGUUGCCCGGCUGCAUCAAACGUUUAAUGUAAUGAUACUCAAGUGCAAUCCAGUAGAGCGUCAUCUCAUGUAGGUGAGUGGGUUGGCUUCCAGCUCCAUUGGGUGGGAGGUGAGCUGUGUUUGUGUGUGUCAGUCCUCCUACAGCUGCAGCUGGCUUUUCAGUAAAGAAAGAGCACUAUAACCAUGCAUGUGUCAUGGCUUACCACCAGCUUGUGUGGAUAUGGUUUCAGUCCACAUGAAGAAGGUGCAGCUUAAUCUCACCGAAUAAAGCAACACUGGAUAACACCGACGUUCCCCCCGGCAUAGAUCUAGUUCACCAUUUACAUAACUGAUAUUUAAGCUGUGCGAUCCAACGUAAAGCACAAGUGUUCGCUCUCAGUUGCCCGUUUUCGCAUUCGACGCCACGUGCAUGAAGCUGUAGGCACAUCGAACCCAUGCUCAUGAACCUGAAGUGUGUUUAUAUGCGUUUGUACUUGUGCGUGUUGUCCGUUUAUGCCGGUCGCACUUUCAUGUUAUUUAACACACAAUAAACUGCUGUAAUUGUCCGUUUUCUGUGUUUCUUUUAUCACAAAAGGUUUCUAUUGAUAUGAAUUUUGAGGCAAACGCUCGUCAGUUUUAAGGUGGUCACACAUUGUGUUUCAUCAUUUUACAGCGCACUCGCGAUAUCAAGUAGAAUUUUUAAAAAUCCACCCGUGCUCUUCGAAAGAUGAAAUAUCUCUGAUGACUUCUUAGAUAUGUUUGAACCUUUUUGUGUCCUUUGGCUGAGGGAUUAAAGGAAAAGAAAAAAGGAAACAUCGUUCUCUGACAGAUUCUUUACAAAGAACACCAGAUACAUUAAAUUUAGCGCCGGAGUUCCCCAAAGGACAAAUACUGACUUCUAUGAUCACCUCACAUUUCAGCCUGUGUCACCAAAGGGUAGCCAGCUAGGGUUUUGACUGAUGCAUUUUGUCAGAUAACUUUGACUGAACUUUGCUACCAGAAUCACAAACCCCACAGUUGAUAGAUGUUAUGAGACUGAUGAUUCCCCCUCAGUGUUUUUUGUCUUUGCAACCUAAUGAACCCCACUUGAACCUCUUCAUUUGUUAUGGUCUAAUUCCUAACUAGAGACACAUAUGCGUCUAUAGCAGCUUUUCAGUUAAAACAAUACGAAGUAACUUCAUGAUAUAAAAAAGCUGGGGAAGAUGUGUUAAAAUGGUUUUAUUUAGUCGUAUUAGUGGGAAAAGAUGAAAAAUGUCAUUAUGUAUUGGAAAAUUUUUACAAAGGGACGGUAGGACUGCAUUCUUAACUCUAUUUCCAGCCUGCUUGGGGCUUAAAAAGCUUCCAUUGAAAUGUUGUGUUUUUACAUUUUUUGUUAGGAGGAAACCGACAUAAUCAACAAGGUUAUCUGGUCAUUUUGAUACUGACUUGAUAUUCUUGUCAUUUUCAAUUUGCCAUGCUAGCUGUGCAUAAAACAUAUUCUCAAGUCAGCACAAUGCUCAGUCUUGGAAAAGGAGAUCUAUUUAUCCAAAAUCCAGCAGUUGUCAACCGGGCCUUUUUUUCCUCCCAUUUGUGAUAAUAUGAAAAGAAGCAAAGAAUCAAUGUCCUGUAAUAUAUCACAAGUUAAUCUGUGGUAACAUAACUUGAUAAGAAUCAACUUUUCACACUUUUCAUGUGGAUGCAUUUUUCUGUUUAAGUGGUAAAACAAAUAUAUGACAAUAAGUUAAUCAAUAAAA